AUGAUUCAGUUGUUUUAUCUUGAGAUUUUUGGAGUUCAAACGUGUGGAGGCCCAGUACUGCUCGCCCUAGAGGUGAAACUCACAGUUGCCAAGAAGGUAUUGGAAUGCAACAAUGGUAACUUUGUCAUCACUGAUUCUGAGGGUCACACCCUUUUCAAGCUGGAUCAGAAGAAGGUCUUCCUACGAGAACUGGCGGUUUUGCGCGAUGAUGGUGACUCUCCUGUGGUCAGCAUUCACAAAAAGAAAAUCUCUCUGCACAACACGUACCCAGUUUACAAAGGAGAGAGUUCGGAAGAACUCUUCACUGUUUGGGACAAAAACAUGAGGGACGCCGCAGAAUUGACAUACGAGAUUCAACUCGAGUCUGAAUCAGAACCUACCUUCCAAGUGAAGGGUGACUUUGUUCCUCGCAACUAUCAAAUCAAUUUCAAAGAAUCGUCGAUUGCGGCGGAGGUUGCGAUGAAGCAUUUCUCCCUGACCUCUAUGAUUACGGGCAGAAGCAAUUAUGGAGUGCUUGUUAGUCCCGACGUUGAUCAGGCGUUUGUGGCCGCUGUGGUUACAAUCAUGGAAGCUAUCCACAAUGAGAACUAG